AUGGCUGCAUCCGCCAUAGCUAACCUCUUUUCCUCCUCCAUCUUCUUCCCUUCUUCUUCUUCUUCUUCCAAACCCCCACAACUUCCCUCCACCACCAACAACACCGCCGUCCCCUCCUCCAACCGCCCAUUUGAUUCUCUACCCACUCUUUCCUCUUCUUCCUCCAGAACUAUCUCCGGGAAGAACGACGACCCGUUGUUGGCCCGACCCGAUAAUGACGUCCUGUCCGUUGUGUGCCCGUCUCUAGCGUAUGCCAACACUCUGUUCUUCAGGUCGGCUUACAAUGUGCAGGUGAUUGUAGAUGACAACGAACCGGAGGAGAAGCUGCUGAACCGGUUCCGGAGGGAGGUGAUGAAGGCCGGCGUCAUCCAAGAAUGCCGCCGCCGGAGGUUCCAUGAGAACAAGCAGGACGAGAAAAAGCGCAAGACCCGUGAGGCCGCUAAGCGUAAUCGUCGAAGACGCCCCCAGUCGCGGAACAGUUUCCAGGACAAGCAGGACGCGGUGAAGAACAAGAAGGAUGAUGAUGAUCAAGAUAACUGGGAUCUUCCUGAGGGUGAUCUUCCCUAUUGA